AUGAGAGAUAAUACAGAAAGGUGUCAAAGGUUAAUGGCUACGGGCGCCAAGUUAAAGGUUAAGCAGGUCAAGGGCCACGACCAGCUCAAAUGGACAACGAUGAGUCGGACGUGGGCGUCAGCUGUGGCUUACAGGCACCAAGUUGGUUGGCGAGUCACUGAACUUCCGGGUCUAGGCAAGUGA